AUGGGUCAAACAUUAUCCGAGCCAAUAACCGAAAAAACAACGACGAUAUCCUAUAACGCAAACUACCAAGUUGCAUCAUCUUGUAUGCAAGGAUGGCGAGUACACAUGGAAGAUGCCCAUACUAUUGAUCUGAAUUUGAAUGGUGGACAAGAUGUAUUUUUUGGCGUUUAUGAUGGCCAUGGCGGUGCUCGUGUCGCUAAAUAUGCAGAAAGUCAUGUCCAUAAAGUUAUUGUUAAGCAACCAGAGUUUGGACGUGGUAAUGUUACUGAAGCUAUCAAGAAGGGUUUCUUGGAAGUAGAUGAAUUAAUGCAGAGAGAUGACAAUUUUACCGACGAAGUAUCUGGCACUACUGCUGUAACAGUACUCAUUAAAGAUGAAAAACUAUACUGCGGAAAUGUAGGUGACUCCAGGGCUAUAGCAUGUGUCGAUGGCAAAUUGGUACCACUCUCUUUCGAUCAUAAACCAAACAAUGAAGGAGAGUCAAGACGUAUUAUUGCCGCUGGAGGAUGGAUAGAAUUUAAUAGAGUUAACGGUAGUUUAGCCCUGUCCAGAGCUCUUGGUGAUUUUAGUUUCAAAGGAAAUAAGACCAAGAAUGCUAAAGAACAAAUGGUUACUGCUUUUCCCGAUGUAAUUGAUCACGAUGUAACCAAUAAAUACGAAUUUAUAGUUUUGGCCUGUGAUGGUAUUUGGGAUGUAUUGAGUAGUGAAGAAGUUCUUGAUUUUGUUAGACAUAGGAUAUCAGAGCAGAAACCAUUGCAGCAAAUUUGUGAAGAAUUGUUAAGUCGUUGCUUGGCACCUGAUUGCUUUAUGGGAGGACUUGGGUGCGAUAAUAUGACAGUAAUCAUUGUAUGUUUCUUGAAUGGUGGUACCUACGAAGCAUUAGCGGCAAGAUGUCGAAGUUCAAGAGCAGCCAACGGUAAUGAAAAUGUUGUAAAACCGUCUGAUAACUAA